GGUUGCCAUGUGCCCGAAGCAAAUUCGCGACUUGAUCUAAAAGAAAAAGGGAAUUUCCUUUUUCUUUUUUUUUUUUGUUUUUGUUUUUCUUCUUGAAAAACAAAAAUGAACAGCCGGAGUUAUUGGAUUUCUUGCAGCAUUGUUUCGCUCUGCCUGUUUGCCACCACGUCAAUAGCUCAACUGAUCGAGAACACGACACCGCCAAUUGAAACUCCCGUAUCAUUUGUGACUGAAAUAAAGCGAAAGAGUAAAGAAACGCCAGAAAAAUUAGAGCAAAAAAAUGAUGCUGAGCUUGCAAGUACAAACGCUAUAUUGUCAAUUACGGAAAAAGUGACGACAGUUAUGACGAGUGCUCGACCAAAAAUGCUGGAAAAAAUAGUACAAAGUACGGAAAUAAAUUCUCCACCUGGAAUUAUUUCGACAACAAAAACUGCUGAAGUACCUGGUCAUAAAGUCAAUAACGAGGACGAAUGCGAGGUGUAUGUUGGUAAAACGUGUGCAGAAUUUGUAGGAAACCAGUCCGUUCAUAUUCCAUUUCCAGCAACACAAAAAAUGCUAGAGGAAAAACUUGUACAGGCAUUUGGAGUUAUUAAUUAUUCAAAAGAUAUUUCGCCUAAUUGCGCAGUAUACGCAAAACCAUCGCUGUGCUACUCAACGUUUCCUAUCUGUCGAGAUCGAUCAGUAUCAAGAACGAAAGCAAAAACAUCAAAUUUAAGUUUACAACUUUUUAACUCUUUGAAUUCUAACGACCAAGCGGAUCUAUUAGACGACGAAAAUGAGGGAAGUGACGAAAUGUUAACAGUUCCGGGUAAAAUUCGAAAAAGACGAGCUGGUAUAAGUCGCCGUUCGUCUCGAAAUCAAGAAAAGAGUAGCAAAAUAAUAAACCAGAGAUACGGCGAGCUAAAGUCAGCUCGAAAGGAUUUAUUGAAUCAAAAGCUGCGUCAAAUAUGCCGUGAAGAUUGCGAGAUUCUCGAGAAUGAGUUGUGUAGAAAAGAAUAUGCAAUUGCUAAACGACACCCUCUGCUUCAGCAACUACGUCUACCCGAGUGUUCCGAUUUACCAGUACAAGGAACUAAAGAAGCAAGCGAUUGUCUAUCACUUGACGUGCCAAGUAUCCAAAACGCCGAAGAAGAUGUUAAUUGUUACUGGGGCAACGGAAUGACGUACAAUGGAACUGUCAAUUACAGUAUAUUUAACCGACCAUGCUUGAAGUGGAUCCACCAGUUCAAUCUCCAGAUCUCAGACUACCCCGAGUUACGCGGCCGGCACUCAUACUGCCGCAAUCCAGGCGGAAAAGAAGCACAGCCUUGGUGCUACGUCGACGUAAAUAACAAAAUGCAAAAAGAACCAUGCAGAAUAAUGAAAUGCGUCGAUAAAAUCUGGAUUUAUGUGACAAUUAUUUGCGUUCUAUUAGCCGGAUUUAUCUUUACACUAGCUUGCUAUUGUUGCUGCUAUCGGAACAGAAAAUUCCGCCGACGUCCGUCGAAUACUUUACCUUGCGGUAAAAUGCUAACUGGAGUCCAGUGUGAUAAAAAUAUUUACGACGGUAGAAGAAAUACCACACAGCCAAUUGAAAUGACGUCUCUGUUAACAACUGGAGGUGCUACUGGUACUUUAAACAGCGUAUCAAGCAGUAGAUCUUCAGCUACUCGAUGCGUACCUCAAUAUUCAUUAGAAAAUGUGGCUCUGCUUCAAGAAUUGGGCGAAGGAGCAUUCGGAAAAGUCUAUAAAGGAGAAUUGGUUCCAGUUCCUGGAACAAAACUCCAAGAACCCGUUUAUGUAGCAGUUAAAACUUUAAAAGAAAAUGCAACGCCAAAAACUCAGAGUGACUUUAAACGUGAAGUCGAUUUAAUGACUGAUUUGCGACAUCCUAAUAUUAUUUGUCUUUUGGGUGUUAUUUUAAAAGGCGAGCCAAUGUGCAUGCUGUUUGAGUAUAUGACCCAAGGAGAUCUUCAUGAAUUUUUGAUUCGUCACUCACCGCGAUCCGACGCUCCAACAAAUGAAAUGGGAAAAAUUCUUGAACAGCCGGAAUUUCUUCACAUUGCUUUACAAAUUGCCUCGGGUAUGGAAUACCUAGCGAGCCAUCAUUACGUUCAUCGUGAUCUUGCGGCAAGAAAUUGUCUAGUUGGAGAAAAUUUAACUGUUAAAAUAUCAGACUUUGGAUUAUCUCGGGAUAUUUAUAGUAGUGAUUAUUAUAGAGUACAAUCUAAAAGUCUAUUACCAGUUAGAUGGAUGCCACCAGAAUCAAUUCUCUAUGGUAAAUUUACUACCGAGUCAGAUGUAUGGAGUUUUGGGGUGGUCCUAUGGGAAAUUUACAGUUACGGUCUUCAACCUUACUAUGGCUAUAAUAACCAAGAAGUUAUUGAUAUGAUUCGUUCACGACAGUUAUUACCUUGCCCUGAGGAUUGUCCUACUAUGAUUUAUAGUUUGAUGAUUGAGUGUUGGCACGAAGUCGCUAAUCGUCGGCCGCAAUUCCCAGAGAUACAUCAUCGAUUGCACAAUUGGUAUGUCAAUCAGACAUAUCUUACCAACCAACAGAAGAUCAAUAGUAGUAAUAGUAGCAAAGUCAGUUCUCCCGCGCUAUUUAAUCACGAUUCACUUGCUCGUAAAGAUAAUUCAAGGAGCUGCGCUGAUAUGGUGGUAUCUAUGAGAAAAGCAGACAGUCAGGGUAGUGUUAGUAAUUUCAAUUCAACUGUGAAUAGUGAUGAUAAACCUUGCUAUUCACCUAAACUUAGUGGAGCUAAAAGAGUUUUACCUAAUAGUCCGCCGCUUCAAGGCAGGAACUCACCAGUUGCCAAGACUACCCAAAAUGGAGCACAAAUGGUCGUUAGAUUGGCAGAUCCAAGCAAAGUUUCUACUGAGACGCGAAUUACUAAGUGAAUUAUUUAUUUAUUAAUUUAUUAGAUAAUUAAGUGAACUAAAACUAUUUUUAAUAAUGAUAAUAAGUCGCGACCCAAAUUCCAAAAAGGCGUAUUACAGCAGCUAGGAUUUUAUAUCAAAAGGGCGUAUAAAAAAUUUUUCAGCCAUUCAAUUUAGAACUGCUCAAAACGUAAAGAUUUGUCAAAAAAAAAUUUUUCAAUGUAUUAUUCUAAAGCCUUUUGGCUUUAGAAAAAGUUUAGCCCAAAACCAAAAGGGUGUAUAAAAAAACUUUAAAUUUUGCUCUGAAAUUUAGUUUAGUUUAUUAAUAAUUAUGCCAAGACUAAUGCCAAAUGGCAAAGAGAAAAUAUACAUAAGAAUUUUUAUAUUAUUGUGCAGUUUAAACUAUAUGGGUGAUUCUCUGUAAGGACGUCUUAAAUCUGUACAAAA